AAGUAAAGGAACCCUGCAGCCUUCCCAUGCUAUCUGUUGACAUGGAAAACAAGGAAAAUGGCUCUGUCGGUGUAAAAAAUUCCAUGGAAAAUGGGAGACCACCGGAUCCUGCAGACUGGGCCGUGAUGGAUGUCGUCAAUUAUUUCCGGACAGCGGGAUUUGAGGAGCAAGCUAGUGCUUUUCAGGAACAGGAAAUUGAUGGGAAAUCCUUGCUAUUGAUGACGAGAAACGAUGUGUUGACAGGACUUCAGUUGAAAUUGGGACCUGCUCUGAAAAUCUACGAGUAUCACGUAAAACCUCUGCAGACAAAGCAUUUGAAGAACAACUCUUCAUAGUACAAUCCAGUUGGGGUCUUAGAUCUCAAAAAAUAACAUAAUGACAUAAUUUGGUUUCAUGUGAUGAAACUUUGUAAACAGAAUACAUACAUGUGUAUAUGUAAAGAAUUUCAAUCCAACGUUAUCCUAUUGGAUAGACUAGGCAAUUCAUUGGCUGACCUGAAUUCAGCCCGGAGGCACAAGGACAAGACAUGCACGGGGGUGGUUUUCCUUUUGGAGUCUUGUCAAAUAGAAUGUUCUUGGACACGACUAGACACUCCUCCCCACAAAGGCUUUGAAACCAUAAGGAUUCUCUUUCUUUCUUCAUAGAUUACAUUCCAAAAAUCCUUUAAAAGAAAAAUAAGGAAUGAAAUAAGCGUCUUUUGGUUCAGGCUUAGGAAGAGUAACAAUAAGAAAGCUUGGGGAGGGAAGAGAAAAGACCAAGGGCUUGCCGUCUUCCUUGAAUUCCUCUGCUCCUUGGAGCUUGUGGUACUUGGAUAGAAUUGCCGACACCCUUUUUAUAGAGGGUCCUCCACUUGACCUUAUUAAGGUUUUAUUGGGAUUUGCUAUAAUGUUUGAGAUGAACGUGCACCAUGGCCCCUUCAGGAGCAGAAUCGUGGCUCUGGGGAGAGAAACUCCAUUGUGCACUGGGGCUAUCCAUCCAUAGUCAACUCGCUUUCACGGGGGGGGUGGGGGGAAUGGUAUUUUCUGCAUAGAUUGGUUCUUUGUUUCUGGAGAAAGUAUUUUUUUUUUCUUUUUUGACUUUAUGGUUUGUAUUUAUAAUAAUUUGUUUCUGGAGAAAUUUGUUGAGAGCUAUAGAUCAAAAAGCCUUGUAACUAGUACAGAAUAUUUUUAUAUAUAUUCCCUCACGAUGGUGUAAUAUUUUUUUAAUUGUCCCAUGCUUUCUUUGAUUCUUGGUUUGAGUACCUGUUUUUAAGAACUUUGAAAAAGUGGGCUUGCUACAUCUCUGUUCAAAGAGACAUUUGUUGAAUCCCUGUGUGUCAACGCCUCGUUGAAUUGGUGCUUUGUGGCUGCAAUAAAGCAUUGCUUCAGUUUA